CUUUUUCUGUUCCCAGGUGCUGUGCUCUCUUUUUCUUGCCGUGACUCCUGCCAGGCAUGGUGCCAGAUCAUCAACGUGUCUGAGUCACGCUCUCCUCUCCUCACCUCUAUGGAGGGGAUGGGCAAUGAAACAAACUGGAGCAUUUCCAUGCCUUCUGGAAGCAAAUACCACCUCUACAUUGGCUUGACUUUGGCUAUAGGCUCCAGUAUCUUUAUUGGUUCUAGUUUCAUAAUGAAGAAGAAAGGACUUUUGAAACUGGCAGACAGAGGAGUCACCCGAGCUGGACAAGGUGGAUAUUCUUAUUUGAAGGAAUGGCUUUGGUGGGCUGGACUGCUAUCAAUGGGAUUAGGAGAAGCUGCAAACUUUGCUGCCUAUGCCUUUGCACCUGCAACCUUAGUUACCCCCUUGGGUGCACUGAGUGUUCUCAUAAGUGCUAUAUUGUCAUCCUAUUUUUUAAAUGAGAAGCUGAAUAUUCAUGGAAAGCUGGGCUGUGUACUGAGCAUUUUGGGGUCAACAGUCAUGGUUAUUCAUGCUCCAGCAGAGGAGGAGGUCACCUCACUAGAUGAGAUGGAAAGAAAGCUGCAAGAUCCAGCGUUUGUUACGUUUGCUGUUCUCCUAACAGUGGUUGCCCUUGUCCUGAUCGUUGUUGUGGCUCCAAAGAGAGGUCAGACAAAUAUACUGAUCUACAUUUUAAUUUGCUCACUCAUCGGUGCCUUCUCUGUCUCAUCUGUGAAAGGCCUGGGCAUUGCCAUUAAACAAAUGCUGCAGAGGAAGCCAGCCUAUCGCCAUCCAUUGGUUUACAUUUUGGUGGGCACCUUGGUGCUCUCAGUCAGCACUCAGAUCAGCUAUCUCAACAAAGCACUGGACGUGUUCAACACAUCCCUUGUGACACCCAUUUAUUAUGUGUGCUUCACUACGACAGUGGUGACAUGCUCCAUCAUCUUGUUCAAGGAGUGGAGUAGUAUGCAACUGGGCGAUAUCAUUGGAACCCUGAGUGGAUUCUGCAGCAUUAUCAUUGGCAUUUUCCUGCUGCAUGCUUUCAGAAACACUAACAUCACCUGGAGUCAGUUGAUGUCUACUGUUGCUAAAGAACCGUCAGUGCCACAGCAUGAAUUUGAAACCAGUCACACUUUGCUGGAGAGCAUGGAAGACCCAGCUUUGGCAUAUGAGGAGGACAACGUUUUAUUCCGUCAGUGAAACACUCAAGCAGUUUUCAUCAUCAAAGUAUCAUGAAUUGCAAACUCAGCCCACCCAUUUUUACUAGAAGUAUUUACUUUUCUGCAGUCCUAUUGAAAUUUGUUUCUGGGACCUGUUAAGUGUGGACCACUCCUCUUUAUGUCAGCUAUUGGCAGUAAUGAGUGAAAAUGUUCAGUAGUUAGCACCACAGAAACCUGGGGGUGAUUAUAUGUUAGGCAAUGAAAAAAAUGAUCCUUUUUUUAUGCAGCAUCUUUUCUUGGAAAAUUUUAGCAAAGAAGAAUGGUCUUUAUAAACCAUGUUUAAAAAAUGCAAUUUUCUUUUAAUAAUAAAAGACAAUCCUUGCUGAAGUGGCAGGUACUCUGCUAUUAUCUUGGUGAUGGCCUUAAUAUUUCUGGCUCGCUUUAUAUUUUUAUAAUUUAUUGCCAAGCAAGCUUGCAGAUACUCUACAUGAAGGAUAUUCAUUGGAGACAUAAUAUGAAGAAAACAGUGUUUAACCCCUUUAGUUUUUAAUAUAAAAUUUUAUGCAAGAUUUUUUCAUUUUUGAUGUUUUGAAUGAACUUUGAUUAGAUGUAACAAAAAAAUUUUAGCAAAUACAAUUCUUGAUACAUCUCAGCUUUUCUACCCAAGGAAUCCUGAAUGGAUUAUGAAUCCCUGAAUAUGCCUGUACUUUUUUAUUUCUAAUCUAAGACCAAGUUUAAGAAAAAGAAAAUUCCUUAGAGGCCUGAAAACAGUAGCUACUGGCUUGAAAGGUUACAUGAGGUUAUAGAAUUAAGUAUUCAAAGGCAGGAGAAAACCAGAACAUUCAAUGAAAAAUGCCCACUUUGUUUUAUAUUUUGAGGAUUAAGAAGGGGCUUUACUUAUUUCCAUACUUCUUCCUAAUACAGCCAUCUAUUAAUUAGAACCCAUUUAAGCUUUUCAAAUUUUUUUCCUUAUUUUCUGGGAAAGUAUAGUUCUUUAUUAAUAAUAAAGCAAUCCUGUUAAUUUUUAUUCUUUUAUAAGUGCAAAAUCCAUUUUUACAAUCCAUGCACUACUUCUGAAAAUACUAGGUAGAGGAUGCACUGUAGGCAAGGGGUGAGAAAUGUCAGAAUGUUUGGGUUUUUUUUAAGUUUAGACUUUCCUACCAGAGGCUUUGAAGAUUGGCAACUGCACUGUAGUACUGUAGUUCCUCAGUUGUGGUCACUGAUCUUUCUGUCACAAAAAAGCUUGCACAGUGUCCACGGUUUACUCAUUACAAUCCUCUUUGUUUUUCACUUUGUAAGUAACUUCAGCAAUCAGAUGUGUUGUUGGUGACAAGCUCAUCAGUAAGCAGCAUUUCCAACCUUUGGAUUUUUAAGUAUGAGUCCAGAAAGUUUGCCAGAGGAUGCCAGCACUUCAGCAGUUAAAAACUGGUUUUAAUCAGCUGAAAUUUAUAAAACAAACAGAACUUCUUCAUGAAUCAUGCUAUAUGUUUUCUAAUGUUCAAAAGGUUUAGUAGAAGAGGAUGGUUUGGAUGGAUAGAAAAUUGUUCUGCCAAAGAACAAAUUGUUCUGCCUUUGCAAAAGGAUUGCUGCUUAUAUUUCAUAUAUUUGUGUGGCAUCACUGUUAUCCAGCAAAAGGGACAUUUUCACCAAAAAUGUUCUUGCCUUCAAAAUAUAAUGAAAAUGUAUACAUUAUCAAUUUGGAGUACUUUUGAGCUUGAGUGAUGAAAUUUGUAGCAAUUCUUUGCUGUUAAAAUGCUUGCGUUAUAAAAGCUUCAGACAAGAAAAUCUACUAACAGGAUUUCAUUACUUCUUAGUUAAUGUAGAGAGUACUUUGGUUUUAUUGACCAGAUUCAAGCUUCAAAAUAUUUUUAGUGAAAAACAAGUUUGUUCUUUAACAAAAACUUUGAAGUGUUUUUCACUCUGAAUUACACAAUUCAAAGACUAACUGAAGAAAAUAUUGACUGUAGAAAAGAGAAAAAUAAAUGCUUUUGUAUAGUUCAUGACCCCUUUAUUUGCUUAUAGAGUCAUCAUUAUGGUGUGACCAAAUGAGUUAUUUGUAAGCAAUAGCAACCAGACCAGUUCUUGAAUGGAUGUGCAUUGGCAUUUUUUAAGAUACGUCAUAAUACUUUCUUUGAGAAGGGUGUGGACUCCUUCUAUACCAACUGCUGGGAAUAAUUAACUUACACCAAGCAAAAUUCCUAUAUUUCCUACUGGACCUGUGUAUCUGCUAUUAUACGUAAACAAUAGUAAUUGAUACAUAAAUUAUAUAUAUAU